AGUGUCAUUUGAAUGCUAUACUAAAUAUGUAAAAUAAUUGCAUAUGUACAUAUAUCAGUGCCUUAAGCAUUGCCUGAGAGAAAAGUUUCUUCGUUUUCAAGAUCCUCUCAUCCCGCUUUAAUGAAGCUAUUAAAAGAGUGAGUUCAUUUGUAUGUAUAUAUGUAUGUAGGGGUCGGUUUUGCAACUUAACGGUUGCGUAGUAAAUUGUAACAGUUAUUUAUACUUCUAAUGGUUAGUGCAAAUAUUCAGGUUUUGUUGCUAUUUCAGAAUGUUGAAAUCGUGUUGAACGCAUUUAGUUAGACAUACAAAGCAUUAUCACUUAGCUACCUACCAUUAAUGCUAUACGAGUAUGCACAGGUACAUAUGCAUAUGUGUUUGUAUGCAGGGUAAUUGAGGAAGUAUGUACCAUCUAUUUUAUCUUGGCUGCAGUUAAUCUCAUCAAAUGAUAGUCAACAAGUGCAGUAGUGAACGCUCGCUGAUUGGUGACUAAAUGAAAUGGAAAUGAAUUGGGAUCUGCGAAGAUAACCGACAGCUCAAGUGUUUAACUAACAGUAUCUGUAACAGUUAUGGAAUAAAUUAAAAGGUUAUGGUGUUUCUUAAGAGCAGAAAACGUUUGAAAUAAAACAGUUUCGGACACAUCUGCUACACAUUACUACGAAAUACCUGCCUCAAAGAUAAAGAUUAAAACAUGUCAUCUAAACAUCAGCAAUUCACACCGAAGAGACACUUCACUGCCAUUGUCAUGUUUCCUGCCAUUAUCAUCUACGCAAUUCUCAUUACAUUGCCACAUUGUACGCUUGCCGGCAGCUAUGCGUUCAAGCCCAAUAUGCUUUCAUUGAAUGUAGCACAACAUCAGCAACAACAAUAUCAACAACAAAAUCAACCCAUGUCUGCGUUGGCUUCUAAGGUACUCUUUCACAGUCCGUCAAUAGCGAAUAUCUACAAGGAGAUGAUAGUCUCUUCGAAACCCUUACAUCUUCGCAAACACGGUAAUGGGUCGAAAGCGAAGAAAACUAAGAAGGACUCUAAAAUCUAUUAUAUACCAAUACCACCCAUGCCUUAUCGUUAUAUACCCGGUGUUGGUUUGGACUAUCAACCAACGAAAAUUAAACCUAUCCUCCAGGAAACACCACUAGCGUCUGGCAGUAUGACUGGUUUGAAUGAAAUAGCUCAUGUGAGUAGUGGCAACGGCGGUGCGCCAACAAUUAGCUCUCAGCAGACCACAACGCUGAACCGAAAAAGCGAAAAUAAUUUGGCUGUCUUUAACAAUGACAUGGCGGCUUAUGGAGGCGCAAAUAUAAACGAAAUUCAAGUAAAUCCCUAUAGACCGACAGUUAGCGUGGGCGGGGAAAGUAAAUUCCAUCGUAUGGAUCGCGGUGAUUAUUUUUUCAAUGGACGACCAUUUAGACUGCAAGUGGCGCAUGCGCAACCAAAGAAUCAAUUAACGCCACUUAAUCUUAAGUCUAAACUUUAUUUUAAUAAAAAAAUUAUUUAUUAA